AUGUCAACUAAUGGAAAACGUCCUCGAUAUGAGGAAGAUAGUGACGAAACUGAAGCAAGCACUCCUAGUUCAAAUGGUUCUUUAAGGCAACCACAAUCUAAUAGUCAAGGUCUACCUUCAAGAUUAGAACCCACGAUCUUUGGGAUAUUUCCAACUAGUGAUUUUACAAAACAAGUGGGCGAUUUUUUAUAUCAAAAUAUUGAUAGAGAAUAUGUUGAGAUCGAGGCAAAAUUGGGUAGACUGAUAGAUACCAGGACGAAAGAAAGAAUACAAUUGGAUGUCGCUUGCGAAACUAUUGUCUCUCCCCAACGUAGAAAUUUGAAAUUUGAGAGUAACAUGACCGAAGCGCAACAUAAACACUUUAAUGAAAUAUUAAAUAGUCGAGUAGUUGCUACAAAACCACCUUAUCAAAUUGUCAAUGGUGGGAUUGUUGAAAAAGUCCGUAUUGCGGUUUUAAAUGUUCAUUCACCAAAUACCUAUUUAGAUUAUCGCAUAACAGUAAACUCCGAAAAACCAGAUCUUUCACACGAACUUGAAUUAGAAUUUAUAAAUCCACAAAUUUUGAUUGAAGAAAAGAAUAAAUUAACUCAACAACAACGUAACCGUUAUGUAAACAUUGUCGAGAAUUUCAUUAAUAAUAUUCGAUGUUUAGCGAAAGAAGCACAAAUACCGUGA